CGGCGGGGCGAGGGCGCCCCCCGGCGGCGGGGGCAUGCGUGGCCCGCGGCAUGGCCUCGGCGGUGUUUGAGGGCACGUCGCUGGUGAACAUGUUCGUGCGCGGCUGCUGGGUGAACGGCAUCCGCAGGCUCAUCGUCAGCCGGCGCGGCGACGAGGAGGAGUUCUUCGAGAUCCGCACCGAGUGGUCGGACCGCAGCGUGCUCUACCUGCACCGCAGCCUCGCCGACCUGGGCCGCCUGUGGCAGCGGCUGCGCGACGCCUUCCCCGAGGACCGGCCGGAGCUGGCGCGCGGGCCCCUGCGGCAAGGAUUGGUCGCCAUAAAGAACGCGCAUGACAUAGAGACCCGGCUCAACGAGGUGGAGAAGCUGCUGAAGACGAUCAUCAGCAUGCCCUGGAAAUAUUCCAGGUCGGAAGUGGUGCUCACUUUCUUUGAAAGAUCUCCCCUGGAUCAGGUGUUAAAGAACGAUAACGUACAUAAAAUCCAACCCAGCUUUCAAAGUCCAGUCAGAAUAUCAGAAAUCAUGAGGUCCAAUGGAUUUUGCUUGGCAAACACAGAAACAAUAGUCAUCGACCACAGUAUACCAAAUGGGAAAGACCAGCCCCAGGACGUGGACCCCACGGAGCACUUGUUUGAGAAUGGCAGUGAGUUCACGCCAGAGCUGGAGGAUGGCGAUGACCCCGCGGCUUAUGUCACCAACCUGUCCUAUUACCACCUGGUCCCCUUCGAGACAGACAUUUUGGACUGAAGCUUUCUGUCGGACGUCCCCCACCUCUGCCCUUGACUGCACAUUGCAGUAGUGUCCACGGUGUGGCCUCGGUGAUCACAGCUGCUGCUCAGCCCUCCACCUCCUGGGGGUCCCAGGCCCCAUCGCCUGGAAGCCUGGGCGUCUUACAGGUGGAGCCACAGGGCUCCCACUGGCCACAGGCCAGGCACGGGGAUCAGCAACCUUGGCACUUCUCGCCACCAGAGACUGUGACGCGGGAGGCCACUCGGCCUGCUCUCCUGAGGGCUUUUCUCUGUCCGCGGGACACCACAGCCUGCCUCUCUGCUCCUAGGACUCGCUCAAUGCCCAUGCUCAGAGCCUGCAGGGCACGUGCUCCGCUGGGCCCCCUGCUGCUGUUACUGCUCCUUCAAAGGAGCGCCCCUCAUGGACAAGUGUCCCCGCGCCACCCACCUGCUCUGAUUCCCCACCACCCCCUCACACAUUAGAGGCACAAGUUGCCAAGUUGUGGACAGCAUAGGUGAUGUUUGGGAAUCCAGGAUUUCCCAGGGUGUGUGGCUUUCAUUCUGGCUUUACAUGGUCUCUCUGGAAAGCAGGUUUGAGUCACCCCAGAGGAGCUUUUCCCAGAGGUCACAUGCACAUGGAGGGAACUGGACAGAAAGGAGAAAUCACUGAGGAUUGGGUGCAUCUGUGAACGUGGCCUGAGAGUAAGCAAUGCUCCCCAUGAGGAAGAAAUCCCUUCCCAGCCAGGAGCUUCACAGCCCUGCAGUGCGGGGCCUGGUGCUGUAACCGAGGGCAUCUGAAAUGCCCAUCUCGUGCACCCAGUGACAUCCUGGCUAUAGCGACCUGAAGGGCUGGGGACUGGAGGAACCUCGAGGCUCCGAACCCACCUCAGAUGCAGGGUCUAGGCCCCCACACAGUGUCUACUAAUGACCAGCAUUUGCUAAUGUAAAUAAUAGUAAAUUAUUGAGAAUUCUAAUUCUUUUACACAGUCUGUUUUUAAUCUAUUUUAAUUAAAUAAAAUCUAUUACUCUGAUCUAUUUAAGA